GUGCUCCCUGCUGAGGAGAUGUGAGGGAUUUUCUCUUGGGGGAGAAAUCAGUGGUCGAGCGACUGCCCAGCUCAAAUGCCACCCGGCUCAGAGGGAGGCCUGCGGCCCAGGGAUCCCGGAGGGAGAGCAACGUCACACCUCCUGAGGACAGCCAGGACUCCAGCUUUUGCUGAGCUUUGCAUCUUGCCUCCUUCCUUCAAAAGGCUCCAGGCCCAUGCUCGGCUGUCUUCAAGUCCCGCAUGCCCCUGGCCAGGCAUCACAUCGCCCCUCCAGCCCAGCCCAGUCCUAGAGCUCACCUCCAGGACCCAGAAUCUGCCCUCCUGCCCAGAAUGACUCACCAUUAUUUCUAGCUGGAGUGAGAAGACGUGAUGGGGAGUUGGGCUGCCUGUUUGUGCAUCUAAGAUUCCUGCAGCAUCUGAUCAGCUCUGCAAGGGAGAGAGCUUCAGGUUCCUGUCUGGUCAGCCAAGCGAGGCUGUCUCUCCAGCUCUCAGAGAGCUCUCGGGGCUCUCCUGCAGGAGACCAGGCCAAUGCUCCUGUGCUUCCUGGGGCCAGUAGCAGCACCCUGAGCUCCCUGCCACCAGGCAGCUGAAAGGCAUAGCGUGAGGCGCUUCUCAGUCCCAAUUAUGACAGUGGCCACCGGAGACCCAGCAGACGAGGCUGCUGCCCUCCCUGGGCACCCCCAGGACACCUAUGACCCAGAGGCAGACCACGAGUGCUGUGAGAGGGUGGUGAUCAACAUCUCAGGGCUGCGGUUUGAGACCCAGCUAAAGACCUUAGCCCAGUUUCCAGAGACCCUCUUAGGGGACCCAAAGAAACGAAUGAGGUACUUUGACCCCCUCCGAAAUGAGUACUUUUUCGAUCGGAACCGCCCUAGCUUUGAUGCCAUUUUGUACUACUACCAGUCGGGGGGCCGAUUGAGGCGACCUGUGAAUGUGCCCUUAGAUAUAUUCUCUGAAGAAAUUCGGUUUUAUGAGCUGGGAGAAGAAGCGAUGGAGAUGUUUCGGGAAGAUGAAGGCUACAUCAAGGAGGAAGAGCGUCCUCUGCCUGAAAAUGAGUUUCAGAGACAAGUGUGGCUUCUCUUUGAAUACCCAGAGAGCUCAGGGCCUGCCAGGAUUAUAGCUAUUGUGUCUGUCAUGGUGAUUCUGAUCUCAAUUGUCAGCUUCUGUCUGGAAACAUUGCCCAUCUUCCGGGAUGAGAAUGAAGACAUGCAUGGUGGUGGGGUGACCUUCCACACCUAUUCCAACAGCACCAUCGGGUACCAGCAGUCCACUUCCUUCACAGACCCUUUCUUCAUUGUAGAGACACUCUGCAUCAUCUGGUUCUCCUUUGAAUUCUUGGUGAGGUUCUUUGCCUGUCCCAGCAAAGCCGGCUUCUUCACCAACAUCAUGAACAUCAUUGACAUUGUGGCCAUCAUCCCCUACUUCAUCACCCUGGGGACAGAGUUGGCCGAGAAGCCAGAGGACGCUCAGCAAGGCCAGCAGGCCAUGUCACUGGCCAUCCUCCGUGUCAUCCGGUUGGUAAGAGUCUUUAGGAUUUUCAAGUUGUCCAGACACUCCAAAGGUCUCCAGAUUCUAGGUCAGACCCUCAAAGCCAGCAUGAGAGAAUUGGGCCUCCUGAUAUUCUUUCUCUUCAUAGGGGUCAUCCUUUUCUCUAGUGCUGUCUAUUUUGCAGAGGCCGAUGAGCGAGAGUCCCAGUUCCCCAGCAUCCCAGAUGCCUUCUGGUGGGCAGUCGUCUCCAUGACAACUGUAGGCUAUGGAGACAUGGUUCCAACUACCAUUGGGGGAAAGAUAGUGGGUUCCCUAUGUGCAAUUGCAGGUGUGUUAACUAUUGCCUUACCGGUCCCUGUCAUUGUGUCCAAUUUCAACUACUUCUACCACCGGGAGACAGAGGGAGAGGAGCAGGCCCAAUACUUGCAAGUGACAAGCUGUCCAAAGAUCCCAUCCUCCCCUGACCUAAAGAAAAGUAGAAGUGCCUCUACCAUUAGUAAGUCCGAUUACAUGGAGAUCCAGGAGGGGGUAAACAACAGUAAUGAGGACUUUAGAGAGGAAAACUUGAAAACAGCCAACUGUACCUUGGCUAACACAAACUAUGUGAAUAUUACCAAAAUGUUAACUGAUGUCUGAUUGAAACCUAUUACCAUACUCACAGCUCAAUGGAACUAAUGCAGAUGUUGCAUAAUAGCCUGCAUUGUAGUCAGUGUGUUCUACAGUGUGUAUCUGGUUCUGCAUGGAAAGCAAUAGUUGUGCAAGUGA